AUGGUUGCCAUGUACACUAUUAUGGGCCGCCAGGUCGGAUCGCACGUCCUCGCAAUGGCCACCCUCGGUAUCACAUUCACCGGUGCUGCGCUCUCCAUGGGCGGCAAGAAGGCUGAGGACCCCACCACUCCCCCGAUCAACGCAAAGAGCAGCGAGGAGGAGAGCUUCGUAAAGGAGUACGUCAAGAAGGCCGCGGACAAGGUCCAAGGAAAGCAAUAA